GACAUUUUUUUUGAAAACAAAGAAAACGUGUGCCUGGCAGUGUUGCGUAUAUUUUGCGCGGCUCUCUCAGUGUUCAACUCUUGCAUUCGGGGGAAGGGCAUUCCAAACGCGAAGGUCGUGGCGGCGUGGGGCAAUAUACAGACGCGCCUAGAGGCUCAUCUUGAAAUGGAUCGCACCCCAAACGCAACGGCGUUGGUCGAAAUUCCUGUCCGAGGACAGUUUCGGCGCGGCAUGCAUUCCAAACGUUCGCGCCACAGCAACGGACGAACACAAACACAACCACUUUGCGCCCCUCACCAAACGAGAGAACAUGCAUGGGCUGGCGUGAGCGGCAUGCUUCGCUCCGGCGGGGCUCGAGGGGCGCUUUUGCGUCCCGAGGCGCUGAACCUUGAGGCCUGA